UAAUCAAGAAGAAAAAAAAAUGGCCUUUCUCUCUCAAAAAGCCAUCUUUGUUAAUGUUCUUCUCUGCUUCAUUUUAAACAUAGCCAAUGCAGGAAUCACCAGACACUACAAGUUUCAAAUACAAUUGCAAAAUGUAACAAGGCUCUGUCAAACAAAGACGAUCCUGACUGUUAAUGGACAGUUCCCGGGGCCAAGAAUCAUCGCUAGGGAAGGUGAUCGUCUCUUAAUCAAAGUCGUCAAUCAUCUCCAGAACAAUAUAUCCCUACAUUGGCAUGGAGUGCAGCAGCGGCGGAGCGGGUGGGCAGACGGGCCAGCGUACGUGACGCAAUGCCCAAUUCAAACAGGGCAGAGCUAUGUGUAUAACUUUACAGUGGAAGGGCAGAGAGGGACAUUGUUUUGGCAUGCUCAUAUCUCAUGGUUAAGGUCCACAUUGUAUGGUCCAAUCGUCAUUCUUCCAAAAACUCAUCAGCCUUACCCUUUUCCUCAGCCUUUUAAAGAAGUUCCCAUCGUAUUUGGGGAAUGGUGGAAGGCUGAUACAGAGGAUGUCAUAAACCAAGCCAUGCAAAAUGGUGGUGCUCCAAAUAUUUCUGAUGCUUUUACUUUUAAUGGCCUUCCCGGUCCAUCGUAUAAUUGCUCUGCUCAAGAUACCUUCAAGCUCAAGGUAAAACCAAGAAAAUCCUAUUUACUCCGAUUGAUCAAUGCCGCACUCAACGACGAGCUCUUCUUCAGCAUCGCCAACCACACCCUCACUGUCGUCGAAGCCGACGCCGUUUACGUCAAGCCCUUCAAAAGCGAUGUCGUUUUGAUCACUCCAGGACAGACCAUGAACGUGUUACUCCACACCAAAUCCAUCUCUCCCAAUGCCACAUUCCUCAUCGCCGCCCGUCCCUACGCCACCGCACCCGCCGCCUUCGAUAACACCACUGUCACUGGCCUCCUCGAAUACGAACCCACAAAAUCUCUAUUGAACAAGAACAAGAAGCUCCCUCUUCACAAACCGGUCCUCCCCCGGUUCAAUGACACGAAUUUUUCGAUCAAAUUUAAUGGGAAGAUUCGGAGUUUGGCGAAUUCAAAAUUCCCAGCGAAAGUACCGAUGAGGGUUGAUCGGAGAUUCUUUUUCACGGUGGGUUUGGGGUUGCUGCCGUGCCGGAAGAACCGGUCUUGUCAAGGCCCCAAUAAUACGAGGUUUUCGGCGUCGAUUAACAAUGUGACGUUCGUGCAGCCAAACACGGCUCUUCUACAAGCACACUUUUUUAAUAAAUCUAACGGCGUUUACACUACUGAUUUUCCGGCCAAUCCGCCGAUCAAAUUCAAUUACACAGGCACACCGCCGAAGAACUUGAUGGUGAGUAGCGGAACGAAGGUGGUAAUGCUACCAUACAACACCGCCGUGGAAUUAGUACUGCAAGACACGAGCAUUGUGACGGCGGAAAGCCACCCGCUCCACCUGCACGGCUUCAAUUUCUUCGUGGUAGGUCAAGGCAUCGGAAAUUUCGACCCGAACAGAGACCCCCCCAAAUUCAACCUCGUCGAUCCGGCCGAGAGGAACACCGUCGGGGUCCCGUCCGGCGGCUGGGUAGCGAUCCGGUUCAUCGCUGAUAAUCCAGGGGCUUGGUUUAUGCACUGUCACUUUGAAGUUCAUACCAGUUGGGGUUUGAAAAUGGCUUGGAUUGUUCAGGACGGAAAACUCCCCAAUCAGAAACUUCCGCCGCCGCCUUCCGAUCUGCCCAAAUGCUAAAUAUCUCUUCUUCUUCUUUUUUUUUUUUUUUUCUUUUUUCAGAGACAUUCCCGAAGGGAUCUUGAAUUAGAUUUCAUCGUUAAUUAGGUUUUGAAAGUUGAUCCUUUUGAAUUGGCGGAAAUUGGAAUUUGUUGUUAAUUUUGAUUCAUAUCCACAUUAGUAAUAACGAGAAUUAUACUCUUGAAUUA